AUGAAGUUCGAGGACAUCAUCUGUGACAUCGGCGGUUUCGGAAGAUUCCAGAAGAUGAUCGUCGCCAUCAGCUUCAUCAGCCGCUUCACGCUGCCCUGCCACUUCUUGCUCAACAACUUCAUCGCGGCGGUGCCUGCGCACCGCUGCGACGUCGCCGCGCUGGACGACGGCGGCCUCUUCGGGAAUCUGUCCCUGGCGGACAGGCUUAGGGUCAGCAUCCCGCUGGAGGAGGACGGCACCCGCAGCUCUUGUCGGAUGUUUGCCGAGCCGCAGUAUGAUCUGCUGCGCAACGCGUCGGGCGUCAAUCGGGUGUCCGCCUUGCCCUGUCUGCAUGGAUGGGUGUAUGAUGACUCCACCUUCAGGUCCACAAUGACCGCCGAGUGGGACCUGGUGUGUGAUAAAAGAAGCCGAACCCAAGCGACAGCCACCAUCUUCUUUGUUGGCGUGAUGUUUGGAGCCUUGACCUUUGGAAGUCUGAGUGACAGGUUUGGUCGGAGGAUCAUGUUGCUAACAUCCUAUCUUUCCGGAAUGCUGUUUGCGCUUGCCAGCGCUCUCUCCACGUCCUACGUGAUGUUUGCAGUCCUGAGAUUCCUCACCGGCUUUUGCAUGACUGGCAUCGUAAUCGUCUCCGUGGUUCUCUGUACAGUAACUCCAGAUGCUCUAAUGGCCUUUUGUGUUCAUCUCAAAUGCCUCUUCAUGCAUUCUCUGUGUGCGCAUGUGCUUUUGUACAAUCACUGUCCAGGUGUGGAGUGGGUGGACAUAAAGCACAGGAAGCUGGUCGGAAUCAUCGACAGCUUUUCCUGGACAUUUGGGAGCAUUUCCUUCGUGGCCAUUGCUUACCUUGUGACCGACUGGAGGUGGCUGAUUGUAAGCGUCACUUUGCCCGUCAUCCUGGGUAUCUUCACCUGGAGGUGGAUGCCAGAGUCAGCUCGAUGGCUCAUUGCCAAUGGAAAGGUGGAGGAAGCCCACUUGUGUCUCAUAAAAUGUGCCAAAAUGAACGGAACUGAGGAGUUAUGUCAAAGAUUUCAACCUGAGACUCUGUCCUCCAUCAUCGUGGCAGAGAAGAAAGGCCGAGUGUAUUCCUACUGGGAUCUGAUGAGAACACCUAAAAUGAGAAGACUGUCCUCAUGCACUGGUGUACUGUGGUGCAGCGUGGCAAUUGCAUUCUACGGCAUCACCUUCAACAUCACCGGCUUUGGCCUCAAUGCUUACCUCACUCAAUUGCUGUACUCUUCGGUUGAAGUGCCAGGCAAAUUGUCCAUUUUCUUCUUACUGGAUAGGAUUGGCAGGAAGCGUACGCAGGUGGGAAUGCUGACGAUGCUCACACUCUCUCUCGGAAUCAACAUUCUAAUACCAAAAGAAAUGUCCACCCUGAGAACAGUCGUGGCAAUCAUGGGAAAAGGCUUUGCUUCCGGGUCAUUCGGAACCACUGUGCUCUACUCUUCUGAACUGUUUCCCACUGUAGUAAGACAAAACGGGAUGGGUUACAACUCCUCCAUGGCCCGGAUCGGGGUGGCCCUCGCUCCUCUGAUCCUUUUACUGGAUGACGUGUGGAAGAAGCUCCCCCAGGUCGUGUUGUUCUCUUCAGCGGUCCUAGCCGUCAUAGUGGCAUCAUUGCUGCCGGAGACACGACACCGGUGCCUGCCGGAGACCAUUGAGGAUAUCGAGGGGAGGUGA